AUGGAUAUUAACCUAGCUCAGGUUAUGCAGAAGAUGUCUUUAGAAGAAGACAAACCGGUGGACUUGACAGAAGAUGAUGAUGUCAACACGGUGAUACGGAGUGCUAGAAGUCUGAUCGGUAGGCUACUCAAUCCGGAAUGUCAGAACAUGGCUCGAAUGCUAAAAACUAUGCCAAGAAUAUGGAAGAUCUAUGAAAGGGUUAAGGGUAUUUCUCUAUCGAAGGAGAGUUUUCAGUUCAUCUUUGAACAAGAAACAGAUCUACAAACGGUCAUGAAGCAUGGUUUCUGGACUUUCGAUGACUGGGGAAUGGUAAUGGAUAGAUGGCAGGAGUUUCCACCUCCAAAAUUCCUCCAAACAGCGCUGAUCUGGAUUCGAAUCCACAAUAUACCAGUUAACUAUUUUUCUUUGAAGACAAUGGAUGCGAUAGCUGAUGCGGUGGGGCACGUAAAGACCAUUGAAUAUGAUCCAGAUAAGCCACAUCUACUGGAAUAUGUCAGAGUUUUGGUGAUUGUUGACCUUCAGAAUCCAUUAAGGGAUACCAAAUCAGUUAAUUUACCAAAGGGUCUCUCUGCAAUGGUAGAUAUUGAGUAUGAAAGAGUGCGUAAGAAGUGUUUCCAGUGUCUGCGACUCUCGUAUGAGAAACAGAAAUGUCCUCUUCUCAAGAGUGCACGUAACAGAGGAGGUCAAAGCUCAGAACGGCGCCCUGAGGAAGUGGUCCCAAUUGUUCAUCGUCAACACUGUAAGAAUGUGGUAGAAACGAUCAUGCCGAUGCUCGCACCAACGGUCCCACCAGGUUUCAGAGCUCCGUCAAACAUUGUUGCCUUCGAGGUUUUUGAACAGAUGCAGUUGUACAUGAACUAUACUGAUCCAGAGGAGAGGAGGAUACGUGAAUUCCGGAUGACGCAAGCUCUGGCUGACCUGGAGAGAAACCCAUCUGCUCAACGCUCGUACCUGCGACUUGAAAAUCCCCCCAACGUCUCGACGGCUCUAAACACAGACAAAGGAGACGUCUAUUACCAAAGAGAUUCUAGUCAAAAUGAGAGAGUAGCAAUGAAUGAGUCUGUCGGGUUGAUGGAUCAUCUUGUGACUGAUAAGGAAUUUCAGAUGGUCGGUUCACAAACCCAAAUAAGCCCAAAGCUAGCCCCUUUGAAGCUAAGAAAAGGAGAGGAGAGCUCGGAACCGGUAAAGAGGGGUGUUGAUCAGCACAACCUAAAUGUCAUACAAGGAAUAGUUGAUGAGGGCUCGGGAGACUUCAAUCCAGUUCCUCACAAUAAGAGCUUUGCUAUAGGUUAUGGUGAGACUUCGUCAUCAAAAUCAAAGGCCGGUUCUACAAGGAAGAGGCAAUCAACGUGGACUAGAAAACAAAACUCUCAGAGUGCUAAGCGUCAAUCGGAGAGGAUGGAUAAUACGUGUAAUGAAUAG